CGGUGUGUUUGGGAGUCGGGGGUACACAUCCAUACGGAAGCCCUGGUUCACCCGCCAAAGAACCAGCUGUAAAUGCGGUGCAUGUCCCUUUAAAUAGUUAUUAAUUACCGUUGUUUCCCCGCUGUUUGCGUUCAUCCUUCCUCUCCUCUUGUUUCCUUCCUUCCUUCGCAGCUCUGGUCGCACGUCUUGUUACCUGCUUUCUGCUUUACCCGGCAAAAAGGUAUGUUCUGGUCAAGAUGGAACCAGCAAAUUUGAAUAGAAGACGUAUAUCCUGGAUGCUGACCAUCCAUAUAGGAAUCGUGACUUAGCUGCCUGACACUAUGAGUUCCGAUAUCGAGAAGGACACGGCGGGUAGAACCGCGACCCAUGAGAGCUCUCUCAAAGGCAUGUCUGUCGAAGAGCGAGAAGUCGCAGAGGCAGCAGCUCGUUAUGGAUACGGUCCUCUAGCCAACGGAAACACCAGCGUAGCUGCGUUUGGGAAAUUCCAGCCUUCGCCAGCGCCAGCGCCAGCAGCAGCACCCAGCAAGUCCUUCGCAAACCCUGGGCCCUUGGGACUGUCUGCUUUCGCCCUCACUACUAUGGUACUCAGUCUGAUCAACAUGCAAGCUCGCGGUGUCACCGCGCCUCAUCUGGUCGUUGCUUCAGCUUUUGGGUACGGUGGAUUGGUACAGCUUCUUGCUGGCAUGUGGGAAAUGGCCGUUGGAAACACCUUUGGAGCCACUGCUCUCUCCUCAUACGGUGGAUUCUGGAUCUCGUAUGGCAUUAUCUUCACUCCUGGCGGCUUCAAGAUCAUUGAAAAUGUCAAGGAAGCAAACGGUAUAACUGGUGUAAACAACGUAACUGGCUUCUGGCUCAUGGUAUAUUGCUCCUUUGUCCCCCACGGUCACGUCAACUCCGUUGCUAAUGCGAUAUUCGAUCUAGUCCUGGUGGAUUUUCACCACUCUCUGCCUUGUCUGCACCUUCAAGACCAACAUCGCCUUCGUCCUCCUUUUCUUCACUCUCGAUCUCGCGUUCUUGUUCCUUGGAGUUGGCCACCUUAUCGAAUCCGCCCCCGGAAAGAUCUAUAUACCUCUCAUCAAGGCCGGCGGCUUCUUUGGUAUCCUGGCUGCUCUACUCGCCUGGUACUGUGCCCUCUCUGGAAUGGCAGACCCAAACAACAGCUUCAUUAAGUUCCCGCUUGGACGUCUGCCAUGGAUGGGUAACCAGCGAGUCAAGACUGAGCGCGAGGUGGUUUAAUCUUCUGGCCUUUUGACAUGGAAUCUGGAUAAAUUGCCGCAUUCUUUCUCUAAAAUAAUAAUUAAUUGCGACGAUGAUGGUGUGCCUCUUUUUUCACCCUCUUUCGAUAAAUUGAAGUUGUUGCAUUGAAUAGCACUGGUUUGACGUUAAAUUAAACAAUUAACACUUUAUGCUGAGGUUCAACCUUUGCUAAACCGCUACAAGCUAACUUAGUUACUUGGCGGGCCUAAAAAUAUUGACAUCACAAGACACAAGAAAUCUGACCAUUAACCAGCACGUCUCUUGAUUUAUCCGUGUUUUUACUGAGGAAAACUCUCCGCUAAGUCGUAUCUUAGAUGGUGGAGGCCAUAUGGAUAGCGAUUAGGCUAAAGGGGGAAAAAAUGCUGGAAGUUAAUAAUGCUAUUCUGAUAUUGAGAGCUCAUGGAAGCAGAUAAACAUCUAUAGACCUGCAGGCGAGAACGUGAAAGCUGUCAAGUAGAAUAGAAGUAAGAUAUGAUAUCAAUGGCCAUAGGGAAAGUAGAGAAAAAAAACAACGUCUGAGGUUGUUUGCCGGUCUCCAGGACAUGACUUUGUUUUCCGCCCUCAGUUUUU